AUGAGGCUGCAGUGGCGAAGCCUUUUCGUGUCCAGCAUCCUCUGCCUGUCUGUGUCAGGCAAGAAAGAUGCUCCUUCAGUUAAGAUUACGAAAUUCGACGAUUUCAUACCUAGGAAUUUGAACUACUUCGAUGAUUCCGAUGUGCUGCUAUUGGAGGAUAGCGUUGACCACAAUGUCUACCGAUCAGACGACGCGGGCGAGUCCUGGAACAUGGUGGAGGGCGUUCCAAAGGGGAAGCUAUACGAGCUGGUGAUGCAUCCACUUGAUAACAAGAGGGCGUAUAUUAUCAUGGAGGGGAAGAAUCAUUGGAGGACCAGCGAUCGGGGCACAACCUGGGAGAAGUUCCAUACGGAUGCGCCGGCCACCAUGUUGCGGCCUCGCGGAGAGGCUUUGGUGUUCCAUGCUGGGGAUCCGGAUAGGAUUAUCUUCAACGGGAUGGAUUGCAGUGGCAUAUUCUGCGAGGAACUGGCUAUGUACACUACGAAUGGGUUUUCGAAGGAUACCAAGUUCUUGCGGUCGGAUGUCACUAACUGUCAUUGGGCUAAGUCAUCACCGCUAUUUACAACCGGAAAUAAGGACAUGGAUGCAAAUAGGAUCAUCUGCGUGGCUAAGGGUCGGUUUUCUCCAUGGCCCAAGGACUAUCGACUCCUCAUCUCGGAUAAUUUCUUCGCAUCGGGCGACGGCUUGCAGGAAUUCGAGCCAAAGCUAGAAGCUGGACGGACGGUUAAGGGCAUUGUGAAUAUGGCUAUUGUCACAAAGUACCUGGUUGUUGCAGCAUCCGCAGAUGGGACUGAUGAGAUGGCUUUAUAUAUCUCUGAUGAUACGAUCCGAUGGCAUCGUGCUGUUUUUCCGCACGACCACAAGCUGACAGAAGCUGCGUAUACGAUUCUGGAAUCGACAAACUAUAGCAUCCAAGUUGAUGUUAUGUCCGGCAGCCCUGUGAACCCAAUGGGAGUCUUAUUCAGCAGUAAUUCCAAUGGAACCUACUUCCAACGCAAUAUUGAGCACACGAAUAGAAACGAAUGGGGUAUGGUGGAUUUCGAGAAGAUCUCAGGGAUACAGGGCAUUGUUUUGGUAAAUGUUGUCGAGAACUUCGAAGAGGUCGAGAAGUCCCGCAAAGCCAAGAAAAUCAAGUCCCAAAUCAGUUUCGAUGAUGGCAGGACGUUCCAGGGGUUGACCUGUGACAAGAAAGAUCUUCAUCUCCAUUCAGUCACUGAUCUGUCGAAUUCUGGUCGUGUCUUCUCUAGCCCAGCCCCUGGUCUUGUUAUGGGUAUCGGCAAUACCGGAGAUGAUCUUACGAGCUAUAAGAAAGGGAAUCUUUAUGUUUCCGACGAUGCUGGUUUGACAUGGCGCGAGGGUUUGAAGGGGCCUCAUAAGUAUGAAUUUGGUGACCAAGGGUCUAUCCUCGUGGCAAUUGCAGAUGAACCUACGGACAAGUUUCAAUACUCCUUGAACCACGGCAAAGAUUGGAACUCUGUUGAUAUUGGGGAGAAGAUCAAGCCAGUCCAAUUGACCACCACUUUGGACUCAACAAGUCUGAAAUUCCUUCUCGAGGCAAUCGAGCCUCACGGAAAGGCGAAUUCAGCUGGCUAUAUAAUUGCAAUUGACUUCGACGAUAUGCACGAGGCCAAAUGUACGGCCGACGACAUCGAGAAAUGGAGUGCUAGGGUUGAUAAGGACAACGAGCCAACCUGCCUGAUGGGCCAUACGCAGUCAUAUAACCGACGAAAGGCUGAUGCCGACUGCUUUAUGAAGAAUGAAUUUGAAGACCCAGUGGCCGAAACAUCUAAUUGCGAGUGUACCGAAGACGAUUUCGAGUGUGACUACAACUUUGUUAGGUCCUCUGAUCGUAAAGAGUGCAAGCUAGAUGGCAAUUUAAUUCUCCCCGAAGGCGCUUGCAAGGGAGGAUCAGAUGAAACAUUUCUUGGAUCUUCUGGCUGGCGUUUAAUCCCUGGAAACACCUGCAAGAGGACAUCAGGCGCACAGAGGGAUGACCUUCAGGAACAUAGCUGCAAGAACACUGGGGGCGAACAUAAUCCCUCUUCCGGAAAAAUUGAAAACACACAAAAGGUAUUUCCCGGCAACAAUUUCAAAAACAAGGUGUACCUGGAGCGGACCGAUGUUAGCACUGGCAGCGAUGAGACAGUUCUCGUACGCACAGAGAAAGGCGUCUUCAUAUCUCAUGAUCAUGGCAAGAAUUGGAAGCAGAUCUUUAAGGAUAAAGCAAUAACGGCAAUCUAUCCCCACCAGCACUUCAAGGAUGUGGUGUACUUUCUGACACCAACAAAUAAAGUAUACUACUCUACCGAGCGUGGAGAGAAUAUUAGAUCAUUUAAGGCGCCCCAACCGCCGAAUAUUGAGGGAUACCCUGUCAUGAAUUUCCAUUGGAAGCAUAAAGAUUGGAUUAUUUGGACCGGUGCUAAAGACUGCAGCAGCAAGGAAGGCUGCCAUAGCGUUGCAUCAAUAUCGAAAGAUCGAGGCGACGAAUGGAAAACCCUUCAACGAUAUGUUCGAAGAUGCGAAUUUAUCAAAGAGGACAAGAGGCUCUACCUUACCCCACCUAGUGAGAUUGGGAAGGAGACUAAGGACCCCGAAAAGUUGAUUUAUUGCGAAGUUCGUGAAAAGGAGAAGAACACAAAGGUGGACAACCCGUGGCAACUAGUUGCUAGUGACAACUUCUUUGACGAGGAGCCGCGAGUUCAUUUUACGAAUGUGGUCGAUUUUGCGACCAUGUCCGAGUUCAUUGUUGUUGCUACAAAAGACGAAGCUCACCAAACACUCCGAGUCAACGCGAGCGUGGACGGAACAACUUUUGCAGCCGCGCACUUCCCUCAUGGAUUUGAAGUUCCUCACCAAGAGGGCUAUACGGUCCUUGAUAGCUCCACGCAUUCAGUAUUUCUGCACGUAACGGUCAAUAACGAAAAAAGUCUUGAGUACGGCAGUAUAAUUAAGAGCAACUCUAAUGGCACCUCAUACGUACUCAGCUUGUCUGCUGUGGACCGUGACUCCGUCGGUUAUGUUGACUUUGAGAAAACCCUCGGUCUCGAAGGUGUCGCUAUGGUUAACGUUGUGGCGAACUACAACUCCAAGAAUUAUGCGAAAGAGGGAAAGCAGUCGAAGACCAUGAUCACGCACAAUGAUGGCGCAGAAUGGGAUUUACUAUCUCCCCCGAAGGUCGAUACCGACGGGAAGAAGUUUGAUUGCAAGGGCGACAUCAAUAAAUGCUCUCUCAACAUACAUGGUUACACCGAGCGAGAAAACAAGGCUCACACCUACUCAUCCUCCUCCGCAACCGCAUUCAUGUUCGGCACUGGCAGCGUUGGUGAAUACCUUACCAAGGAUGCCGACACUUUCAUGACCUCAGACGGUGGGAUCACAUGGAAAUCCGUGAAGAAAGGAAAGUACAUGUGGGAAUAUGGCGACCAAGGAUCUAUUCUCGUGAUCGUUAAGGAUGGGGGCUCGACUAACAUCAUUUAUUACUCCCUGGACGAAGGCGACACGUGGGAGGAAUACAAAUUUUCGGAUGCUGAAAUUGAGAUUAAAGAUCUUACGACUGUUCCAAGUGACAAUUCCCGAAAUUUCCUCAUAUGGGGCUCUAAGAAUGGCGAACUCGUUACUGUCAACCUCGACUUCACUGGUCUUACGAACGAACAGUGCAAGCUAGACGAGGACGAUGUUGACGAAGGGGAUUAUUAUUUGUGGACACCUCGGCAUCCAAAACAAGACAGCGAGUGUCUGUUCGGCCAUAUUUCGCAAUACCACCGCAAGAAGCCGACCAGUAACUGCUUCAACGGGCGAAUGAUUCCAAGUCUCCAUGAUAUUGCUCGGAACUGUACUUGUACAAGACGCGAUUUUGAAUGUGAUUUCAAUUAUGAACGCCAACAGGAUGGUUCUUGCAAGCUUGUGCCCGGCGUCGACCCUCCUGACCACGCUCUCACCUGUUUGGCGGAUCCUUCUCAGAUUGAAUAUUACAGCGCUACAGGCUACCGACGCAUCCCAACUACUACCUGCCAAGGCGGCACGGAAAUGGAUAAGAGUACCCCUCAUCCUUGCCCGGGACACGGCGACUCGUUCCAUGAGAAGCAUGGCCCAUCAGGUGCAGCUAUUUUCUUUGCGGUGGUAAUUCCUAUUGUGGUGGCCACUGGGGUUGGGUACUGGGUGUGGCGUAACUGGGGCUCUAAGUUUGGUCAGAUCAGACUGGGUGAACAAUCAUCCUUCAACAGUGAUGCACCCUAUAUCAAAUACCCAGUUCUGGUCGUUGCGGGCGUUGUUGCAGUCGUGCAGGCCCUUCCCCUCCUUGCCGUCAGUCUCUGGCGCUCUGCAAGCAGUGCGAUCGGCCGCGGCAGCUCGAGGAGAUUUACUACGAGAGAUAGUUUUGCGAGAGGCAGAGGCGAUUAUGCGAUUGUUGAUGAGGAUGAGGGCGAGCUUUUAGGUGAUGAGAGUGAUGAGGAGGUUUAG